GACCCCCAAAAAAAUAUUUUUUUCCUAAAUUUUUGUUUUGGAUUUAGGCAAGAGUAAAAAAUAGAAAAAAAAUAAAAAAUAGGGUAGGUUGUUGGAGAGCUUGCUCAAGGACUUGCCGGCGAUGGUCCAUGCUGGGAGGAUCCCUGGUUUGGUAGUGAUGAGGUUUCUGAAGCUGGAGAAGUCGGGGAUACUCCGAUGGCUGCUUCAGUUUGAGGGCUUGAAGGAGAGGCUUUUGGCCGAUGAUUUGUUCUUGGUCAAGGUCGCCAUGGAGUGUGGCGUCGGCAUCUUCACCAAGACUGCCGUGAAGUAUGAACGCCGCAGAGAAAAUUUCUUCAACAAGAUUGAUUUUAGGAACCUACCUCAUGUUAGAGUUGAUUCUUAUCUUAGCCGAGGAGGAGGGGGCUUUUGGUUAAACUCUUAAUUCUAAACAGGCAGCAAAUUAGUCAAACUCUGUUAUGUUUUAUAUUCUGGAUAUUUGUAGUUUCCAUCAUUUAAGAUUGAGGUAUAUUCUUUCUUAGGUAACGACCA